GGAGUUGGGUGUAAUCACUUAAAAAGGAACGAAUCGAAUGUACAGUACAGUACUGUAAAUGUUUCACUACGUCGAAAAGCAGAAGCCACUGCCUCGUUUCUGUUCGCUUUCGUCGAGGACUGACCCUCGCUUGAUGCCGUACCGAGCUGGGACUUGGGCGGUCGUACAGGAAGUGAGGAAGAUGGCGGCCUUAAAAGCGGCGCGGAGGCUAACAGGGGUUUUAAGAUCGUUCUGUUCUUUGGUCCCAUCAACCUAUAACAGCCCUUGCAGUAUUGGUCCUAUUGCACGACUAUCUUUGCUUCACACCAACAAUGAGCAACUAUUAACAGUAUGUACCAGACGACCUCUUCUUUCAUUUGGCAGUGCUUCUUUUGGGCAUCCAGUCUCAAUAGUGAACAGUGUAAUACCUCUGUUUCCAAGUAUCUUUAAUCAGCAAGCAAGGACUGUCAUCACAUAUAGCUUGCGGAAAGGGAAGAAAAAAACUGUAAAACCUGUGGUUAAGAGAUUUCUCCGACUGCACUGUGGCCUUUGGCUACGAAGAAGGGCUGGUUACAAGAAAAAGCUGUGGAAAAAAACCUCUAUCCGGAAAAAGUGCUUGAGAGAACAUGUAUUCUGCAAUAAAACACAAAGUAAGCUCCUUAAUAAAAUGACCACUUCCUUCUGGAAGAGAAGAAACUGGUAUGUCAAUGAUCCCUACUCGAAAUACCAUGAUCGUCCAGGCUUUCCCUUCUGAAUAGUCAAAUGUGGAAUUGCUUUGGCAGUCCAAAUACUGAAUGUUAGAAUGAAAAUGGAUUAUUAUUAUGUAUUAUAAUUUCCUAUAUGUGUAACAAACAAAUAAAAACCUUAUUAAAUUACUGAUGAAAAUUUA